GAGCAAUGGGCUGUGGUGGAGGACGCCAGCGUUGUUGACGAGGACGUCGGCGCCGCCCAGGGUGUCCCUUGUCCACUUGACCACCCUUUUGAUGUCCUCCUCCUUUGAGAUGUCACCCUGCACUGCGUGGAUUUCCCCCUUUCCCGAAACCUGCUUCGACAACUCCUGCAAAUAAAUAAAUCUUCUUGAUCAGCUUUUGCUUUCCUUUGAUGUGUCGCGUGACCUAACAAUGGGUGCAUUGUCGCAAGGACGUGAGGCGCGUCGCUUUAGUCUUUAAAGCGGGCGGGCGCCCACCGCUGACACACAGUGCGGCGCCUAACUCCGUCUCUUCGCGAUCUCGACUGCUGCUGCACACCAAACGAUUUGAAAUAAAUUUUGUUUUAAAAGUGAUGGCGAAAGCGUUUGGAAGAUGCACGUUGGCGGCGGUCUUAGUUGCUGGUGUGGCGCUGGCCGGCGCCGUCGAAGAAAACGCCAUCGAGUCUUCUCGCGGAGGGAAAGCUGGAGAUUCCGUCGGCUCACCCACCACCAUGAUUGCCGAAAUGGCCAGGGAGCUCAUCACCAAGUCUUACUCCAACAGCCAGGUGCUGAGUCUGAACUUGAGCAACGUGUUGAUCCUGUUGCUGAUCAAGGCGGUGCUGUUCGCCAUCAGCCAGUACAGCGCAGGCGGGCGCGGUUUCGGUGGCUUCGGCAAUUUCUGGGGUCGCUCUUACCCCAACAGCAACCUGGACACGCAGCCGCGCGCCCUCGAACCGGCAGAUCCGUACGCCACUGAGCGCGACCUUUUGCUCGCCCUGAGCUACCUGAGGAGCGAGAGCGUUGGUGACUACGAGUGCCUCAACAUGGUGGCCUGCGAGGACCCCAAUGGCAGGGCGCCCAAGUACCUCGAGGCCGCCAAGAUGCUGCUCAAAGGCGCCAAAGUCAUGAGCCCAAUUAUGCCCAUGAAUCCUCGCUAUGAGAUCAUCGUCGAGGGGAUCGAGAAGGCGAUUAAGUACGGCGCUGCUGGCGGCAACUGCAACCAUUAUAAAUGUAAAUUGCAGGAAUAAAAAUUAGCAAAUUGUUAUUUAUUUUUUUAA